AUAAAUACGUAAAUGUUGAAAGAAAAUAGUGAAUCUCGAACAGCAUAUUUCCAAAUAGUUCGGCACAUUAUAUUUAUUUAUCAUAUAACUUCGGGACUGAGCUCUAUAAAAAUGAUUGUCACAAUUUCCCUGAAAAACUCGAGAAUUACAUAAAUACAUGACAAAGAGUGAGAUAAUAAAAAAUAGUGAUAAGAGGGAGAUAAAUCAAGGGGGCAUUGCUGUACAACUUUUAAAAAGCGAAAUUUUCAUCAGAGUGCAAUAAUAAGACACUGAAGAAGAAAUGGAGACGGGUGAAUGGGAUCACACAGUCCUACGGGAAGAAGAGUUCGACCAGCAUGCGGUCUACUUGGUACCAGAUGUAUCAACUUCAUCAAAUGACACCAAUAGGGCUGAGGCUUCCUUACCUAGGAAUCUCGUCCUCAAGCCAUCUCAGGCGCUUGAUCCUGCUUUGGGGGUUUGGAGUACUAGUUACAUUCCUAAAGGUACUCGCUUUGGGCCUCUCGUAGGACAAGUUUACACUAAGGAUUCUGUACCCGCUAAUGUAACGAAUCGGAAGUACUUCUGGAGGGUUUACAAAAAUAAUGAAUUGUACUAUUUCAUUGAUGGCUACGAUAUACAAAAAUCCAAUUGGAUGCGAUACGUUAAUCCGGCAUAUUCAUCGGAAUCGCAAAAUCUCAUUGCGUGCCAAUAUAAGAUGAACAUUUAUUUUUACACCAUCAAGCCUAUACUCCCCAAUCAAGAGCUUCUGGUCUGGUACUGUCGUGAAUUUGCGGAAAGGCUCAAUUACCCUUUAACCGGUGAAUUGAUGUUGCAGAGAAUACGACAACAGGUGCAGCAAUCCAGUUUGCCGAGCGAAAUUCCAUCAUCGGGAGAAAUUGUUUUACCCUCAAAAGAUUCACCAAUUUAUGAGAGGCGAUGUCAAUUGACGCCAACAGAAGGCUCCGUUAGAUCGGAUGAGGGUUACCAUUCAAAUGGAUACCACGAUGAAAUUUUAACACCACCAGAGGAGAGCAGCGAAUCCGAUUCGGAAAAUAAUUAUGUCCUUGACUUUAGUAAAAAUACGCGCACAUCAAACGCGACAACGGAAAUGACAAAACCAGACAGUGCAUUGGUGAAAAAUGAAUACAGAAAAGUGAAAAUAAAAAUAAAUAAGACGUACAAUAAUUUCCAAUCGAAUAACAAAAGUAUGGAUAUCAAGGAAGAAAUGGCUAAUAGGACAUUAACGCCUGAUCUACCGCAGAAAGUAGCUAUAAUAUUGAGUUCAACGGAUGAUGAGAGUGAAAGACCAAAAGUUUUUUAUGAAUCUGAAGUGAAGACGAAUACGACGACGGCAGCUACACGGCCGCCUUAUGUAACAAGUCCAAAUAGUUCCAUAUUAGAAAACAUACUUUUGCGACAUAAUACAGAUAGUAAUAAUAAUACGAGCAAUAAUAAUAAUUAUGCUCACAGUGGUUCUGGCGAGAGUCAUCAUCAUAAUAGAAGUCAUAUAGAUUCGAUUAGCCCACCACCCUCUAGUCCCACGGAAAUGGCGUAUUCUUACAAGAAAUCUCACAGAUAUGGAAAUAUUCUUCCCUGUAGUCCAGAUUCAAGUUCAAAUUUACCAAUGCAAGUUGAUAGCUGCAGUAGUGCCAAUAGUUCAACAAACAAUGUAUCGAUGAUUCAGAGCCCCGGUGGUAAUCUUCAUUCGAGUACAGGUGGCAUUGGCCAUUCCUGUAAUUUAACUAAUCAAUUGGUUCAUUCACCAAAUGAAAAUGGGGACUCGAUUCAUUCAAGUACAGUUCUGACAUCAACCACCAGUGGCCUUCAUCCAUCGACGAUAAAUAUUUGUAAAUCAAGAAAAACUCAAAGUCCCUCACCUACAACUACAACAACUUCAACAAAUGUAUCAUCAUUGACGGUGGCCUCAACAGAAGCAGACGAAGAACAACAAUCAACAGCUUCGACAAUCAUGUACUCACAACAACAACAACAACAACAACAACAACAACACAGUGCAUGCUCAUCAGCGCAUAUUGAAUCAAGCACAAGUUAUCAGUUGAAUUCAGCCAAUACACCACCAAGUGUUACAUCAAUAUCGCCCCUUAAUUCUCCCUCCGCUUAUCCCUACAAUAUUUAUCAUCAAAAUGCUAAUUUGCAUCAACAUAUUGCACCACUCACAAUCAAUUGCGCUCCAUAUUCACCAACACCCUCGGCCAGUGUCACGAGCGUCUACGAGAGAAAUGAUAAUAGAAGACAUGAAACCAACGGCCAUCAACUUCCAACUUCUUCGACAAUGCAAAUUGAUGAUAAUCAUUCCACUAUUAUCAGUGGUACACGGAAUCUUCACCUCAGUCAUCAUCAUCAUUCUUUGAGCAUCCAUCCGAAUUCAACAAAUAGAUAUUCCCCAGCAAGUUCACUGUCACCGGAUGAUCAUGGCUGUUCUCAAAGUGGCUCACUCAGUCCAAAUUCCCAGGGCUCAAGGGGCUAUAGAUCUUUACCGUAUCCGCUCAAAAAGAAGGAUGGAAAAAUGCACUACGAGUGUAAUGUAUGCUGCAAAACAUUUGGCCAAUUAUCCAAUCUCAAAGUACAUUUACGUACUCACUCGGGUGAAAGACCCUUUAAAUGCAAUGUUUGUACAAAAAGUUUCACUCAACUUGCACAUCUUCAAAAGCAUCAUCUUGUACAUACAGGGGAGAAACCGCAUCAAUGUGAAAUUUGUAAAAAGCGAUUCAGUUCAACAUCGAAUUUGAAAACACAUCUUCGUCUACAUUCGGGACAAAAACCCUAUGCAUGUGAUCUUUGUCCUGCUAAAUUCACGCAAUUUGUGCAUCUCAAAUUGCAUAAACGGCUACAUACGAAUGAGAGGCCCUACACCUGUCAAGGUUGUGAUAAGAAGUAUAUCAGUGCAAGUGGACUGAGAACGCACUGGAAGACAACAAGUUGCAGGCCAAAUAAUAUUGAAGAUGAACUUGCCCUUGCUGCUGCUGUUGGCUCACCAACCUACUAUGAGUACAGUCAUGAAAUUAGUGUUGCUAAUAUGUCAAAAGAGUGUGAACUUGAAACGAUGGAAAACUAUGACAGAAGAAAUGGAUCACAUUCAACAGCCCUUCAUAAUUUGGAGAUGAAUGUAGGUAAUAUGCAGAAAGAAUGUGAACUUGAUAAAAUAGAGAGUUAUGAGAGACACAACGCCGUUAAUUCACACCCUACAUCCUUGCACAACUUGGAGAAUCCUGUGGGGAGACCGACUGUAAUAGAAACCUCCCAGCCACACAUUAUCGAGUGCACCUAACAGAGACGUUAAAUAAGGCUGAUUAAGUGUACCUCUAAUGAAACACCAAUACUUUCUCAAAAGAUUUUCAUUUCCAAAGGUACAAAAUUUUCCAUUUCAAACUCAUGCUAAAUGAGAGACUAUUCGAUUCCUCUCUCCGAAGUAUAUCACGAGGGAUGGAAAGAGACGAGAAGAGGAGACAGAAAAAAAAAGAAAACGUUUUUGAUUCAAAUGACGGCAAGUGUCGACAUCCGUCAAAUAAUGUGGUGAAUGACAGUAAUCUCUUGUAAUAUAAUGAUAUAGAAACGAAAUUUCAAGAAAAUGGGAAAAAUAUGGGAUUGUAAUCAAUGUCGACACCCAGACUGCAACUAUACGAGACCUGUACCUGUAUAUAUUAUUAAUAAUAUAAUGAUUAUUCGAUUAGGUGAAACAAUAUUAAACAGAUAAAAAUUUAUAUCGUCGAUUGGCCAAGCGGUAGGCUACCUUCGCAGGCUUAUAUUCUUUCAAAGAUGAAAUUAUGCUAUCUUAUUCAACUUUUUUUUCUUUUUUUUUAAUAUUUAGGAUAGAAAGAAAGGGGGCAAUCAGAGCAUAGGGUAAAUCGACGAUAAUUAUAAUAUUUAUUUGUGCAAAGAGAUCAGUAAACUACGGUGUGAUUAUUAUGUUUAUUACUGUAUAAUUAUUCAUUGCUCUUGAUAAAGCGGGAUUAGGGGGAUAAUUGUCCAGCAAGGAAGACCAAACAGUAUUUUUAGCAGUGAACUUUUCCUUAUCUCAUUUUUAUGGGAAAAGACUUCCAUUUCAUCAUCAUUACGGUUCAUUACUUUAUUUAUGUUGAUCGCUAAUUUUCAUCAACUAUAAUAAGAAAAAAAAUCACGAUAUUCCUAUGACUAUCUGAGAUUGUAUUAAUGCGGAGGCAGCCUGCUGCAAAUCCGAUACUUAUUAUUAUGAAUAUUUUCAUGGAUAGGCGGUUCAAUAAAUAGAAGAAUCAAAGUUGAUUGAAUAUUAGUACUCAUAUAUGAUGAAGAAGAAUCAGAAUCGCUGCUCUAUGAUUAUAUUCAGGGUGAAAAAAAAAGAAAAAAAAAACAGAAAAAAAAAUUGAAGGCGCAGACUGAUAUUAGUUACACUACUGUUCAGCUCAUACGUUACAUGUAGUGUUAUAUGAAUUGUAAUUACGGUGCAAAUGCAAUACAGAGGAUCUCUUCCGGAUAUUAUUAAAUGGAAAGCAUCAACUAAGAAGAAUAUUUAUUUCUAUUUGGCAUUGUUAGUCUUUUGGCUUGAAUCAAUUGAAUUUGAUGGUGAUGCACCCUCUGAAUUAAAAAUAUUCAAAAAAAUUCUGUAGAACAGGCAACGUAAAGCAGUGAGGCAUAAUGUACGGAAUGCUCGAGCCAGUGAAAAAAAAAGCAUGAAAUUAAAAAUUACGUUGAUAAAGAAUACUCUAGUGUAAAAUUAUUUUGGACCAUUUAUACAGUCAAAUGGAUAAUGCAUCAUCGAUUUAUUGCUACAUAUAGAUAAUAUAUGGACUAGAAGCUCAAAAUUGGGGAAAUUUGUCUUUUAAAAAUGCAUUUUAAAACAUGUCCGAUAAAUGCUUGCACAAUUUUCUAGUCGCUCGAAAUACUCUUGGAAUUCAGCGUUCUCACAAACAAUGAGAAAUUAAAUAUUGUGAAUUUAAGAAUGGAAACUAAAUAUGUGGCUGAUUGUAUGAAAAGGGUUAUUUUUAUCGAUCCCAGCUUUAAUAUUAACUUGUUUUUUCUCAUUAUUAUUGACAUUAUGAAAUCGAUAAAGUCGGGCUUUCUCAUGUACACGGCCACAUAUGAAGAAAUUUCAUGUAAUUUCAACAAUGGAAAUUUAAUCACCUCAUCUGACUGAAAUCAUAGUAGAAUUGAUAAAAAUUUACUGCAGCAAUCGCUGCUCCGAAAGCAUUACCGUGACGCAAUUAUAACACAGAUCAUAUGAUAAAUUGCCUUGAUUCGCUGCCUUGCCUGCAUCAGACAUAUUUGACUUGUCAUAUACUUGUACAAUAACUUUCAAUGAAGCAAAAAUUAAAUAGAAACAUUUGAGAAAAAGUAAAUAGAUUAAUACAUAAAAGUGAAUAAAUGAAACAGGAUAAAAAUGUGCAGGUAGUAGAAGAAAAAUUGAACAAUAAUGUAAAUAAGCUAAAAGUAGUGAAUGAGGAAAGGAAGCAACGUAACAAAAAAAAAA